AAUACACUUCCAGUGUAUGUUCUCUUAGCAGUAAACUCAAUCAAUGCAGGAAAGCUUUUUCUAUAUGUAAAAACCCAUGCUACAGUAUAGCACUCAUCAAUAGAUUGGAUCCAUUAGCUGCUGCCACAUUGUACCAGGUCACCACUUUUGAUUGGCGCUAGCAGACAAAUUGAUCUCACGUCUGGUAUGUGUCAAUGCAGUUGCUGCAAUUCACACUGUCACUGUAGCCAAUGGUGUGUGUAGUAGUUACCUAAAUGUCCAUUGUUUGUCAACCCACACGAGCACCGUGUGUGUGUGUGUGUGUGUGUGUGUGUGUGUGUGUGUGUGUGUGUGCGCCUGCGUGCGUGCGUGUGCGUGUUAGAGAGAUACACCUGAUAAUGUUUGACUAUUUCGGUGACGCUUUUGUCAAAUACUUAUUAAUGCAUGUAACGAUAAGACCUAAUGAACCUUAGCUUGUGUGAGAGUAGCUGGGAGGGGGACACUAAUGAUGCAUGCUGGAGGCUGCACAACCCUGACUAAAUGAAUGCAUUCUUUUGAUCUGAAAAUGGAUGAAUAAUGUUUAUUGUAUGGUCAGUGUCUGUCCAAUAAACAUACAUCUUGGUAAGUAAUGCUUCUUUUACAUUAGACAGGAGACUCAGUUUCAUAUAACGUGUCACCUAAUAUCCAGUAGGAAACAUUUUUUUCAUAUAUCCAUCCCUCCAUUUUCUAUACCGCUUAUCCUCACGAGGGUCGUGGGCGUGCUGGAGCCUUUCGGGCGAGAGGCGGGGCACACCCUGAAAUGGUCGCCAGCCAAUCGCAGGGCUUUUUCAGAUAUCAAUGAAACUUAUUUUCUUCUCGAUUUAGAUGUAUUAUUUUUACUUUUUUUCACAUUUCACAGCAGAGAUGUGGCUCAGACUGGGACAAAUGAUUCACAUUUAGACACACUUAAGCCGGUAUGGUCGUGGGUUGGGUUUUUUAGCUUGAGUCUGUCAGAGGGUCACCCAGAUGGCUACUAACUGCUACUGUCAUAUGGUCUUAGGUCUCUUCCAGUGCACCAACAAGUUCUUUCUCAGUGAUCAGGCCACAGGACUCCAGAUCAAGGAGUUUGCUCGUAGAAAUGCUGCAAAUGCCCUAUCAGUUGCCAACAUGAUCAUGGGCAUGGCCUCCAUCCUCAGCAGUCUUGAUGGGCACCAUCAUGCAGCAUGUUGGCUGGUUCUUAUUGGCUACCUGCUGGAUUUGGCAGAUGGAGCUGUUGCCAGGCGACUUGACGCCUGCUCUGCCCUGGGUGCAAAGCUGGAUGACUUUGCCGAUUUCACAACAUUCGGGAUUGCUACAUCCCUGCUCCUGAGGACACCUGACUUGCUGGAUAAAAUCCUGUGCAUGUGCUACACCCUCUCGGUUUUUUUUUUUUUUUUGGUGAGGAUUCCGUUCAUGUAUCGUGGACUGCCAUGCAUCUACUCCUCGGCCAUCCUAGCCAGUGCCUCGCUGCUGUCGGGCGGCAACACGGCCAUGCUGCGAGUCAUCGCUGUGGCCAUGAUCCUCUUCAUGAUUAGUCACAGUUUCUACCCUCACGACCGAGUGCUGGAGUCCCAGGCUUGGAAGAAGGUUGUCUAUGCUGGGGGGGUGGUCAUGCUGUUCUGCUCGUUCUUCCCUCCUGCUUGUGUAUACUAUCUACUGUGGUCUCUCUCCUAUAUUUUGUUCCCAACAUCCCUUUGGAGCAGUAAAGUGUAAAAUCAAGAAGGUGGGCACUUCCAGGCUGCUGCUAGCUGCCAUGGAGGAUCCAAGCUCAUUUACCUCAAACAAACACUAUUUAACACUUCCAGUGUUGUGCAAAUGGCGGCAGUGAGUCCCAAAUAAACUGAAUGGCAUGUAUGCAUACGUUGCAUUCUGUAAUCUGUAAUCCAUAGUAAAGAACUCAUGAAAGUAUUCACGUUCAGAUGAAGAUUUGCUAAAAUGGGGGAGUUUCCAAUUUUCAUAAAAAAAAAAAAAAAACAGUUUGUCCUACGUAUUUGUUUAUACAAUAGUCUUUAUUACCUAGCAGUCGUACAGGACAAAUAUGAUCUGUGAAAAAAAAAAAAAAGAAAUCACCCAUCUCUGGCCCAAUCUUUUGCCUCAUGUGAUGUGCAAGAAACCACUGCACCCAAGAAAAAAGAACCAAUCAGAAACAGAAGGCAUGCCUUGUGUGGCAAUCAUUUGUUGUGCACUCACUGGCACACUGAUAACGGGCACACCCUGCGGCCCAGAGCUCACCUGUUACCUUGUCAUCCCGGAAAAACUUUAUUCUUUAUGGAAUGCUACUAUUACACUCAAUGCUAUUGUUUUUUUACUGUCAAGUCAUAAUGACUGUUUUAAAAAAUAUGCCAAAAUGUGAUUUUUGGUAAAAUUGUAAACUCCCCUUUAAAUAUUAACCAUUUACUACAACAUUUAUUGGAUCAAACUUUUGAAUAUUGUGUCAACAUUAUUAUUCUUACAUCUGUACAAAAAAAAGCAGACAGUUCAUUUAACUUUAACCACAAUUAUUAACAAAGGUUUGAGUUUUUCAUCAGUCAGAACUUUAAAAUCACUGAACCAUAUUGGAUUUUGGUAAUUAUUAAUAGAUGCAACUGUUGUUAUACUGUUCCAAAGCCUUGUUUUAAUCUAUCUGGAAAAGUGGCUGAGACUGCAAGACAAAUGUUUAAUAAAAGCAAUAAAAAUAUUGAAAUACGA